AUGCGCUCAGCCGCUGGCAGUUGCGCCAGAACCUUGGGAGAAGCGGCCUUGGCGGCAGUCGAAGCAGAAGGCUUCCCUGUAAGAUCCAAGGCCCUCAAAGUCGUGGCUGCAGUUGCUAAUCUUGUUUCGAGUGCUGCGCAUUUCCUUGCUGCUGUCGCAGCAGGUCUUCUCGAAACAGCAGCAAGUGCUGUUGCUGCUGCUAUGCUCCUUGCAUGUUCGCAAGCUGUAGCAGCAGCAGCCUCUCAUCCCCUUUUCGCAGACGAGGAAAGCAUCCUGCUUGUCCGCCUGCGCGUUGAGGCAGAAGUAUCCCUACCACCCCACGCUGCAGCUGCAGCAGCUGCAGCAGCUGCUGCAGCCAGCUCAGAAGCUUUUGCGGAUGACGCUGAUACGAGCCGUCGAGAGGUCUUAGAAGCCUUGCGUCUGCUGCAACAGCAGAAACGCGUGCCGUUGCUGCCUUUGCUUUUCAAUGUGGCGGAUCCAAGGUGUCUCGCAGGAGCAGGUGACCUGACGUUCCGGAACGUGGAGGAGAAGGAUCAACUCCAGCAGCAGCAGCAGUCGGAGAAGGGGCAGCAGCAGCAGUCGGAGAACGUGUGGCUGCUUCUGUCUCCUUCCGCAGUGACAUCAGUUCCAUUGUGGCUGCGCUCAAUUCUGCUGAAGCUUUCUCUUGGUCAAACAGCGGAAGUGAUGCUGCCUCCUGAGUUGCUUCUGCUGCGGCAGCCGCCUGCGCAGCAAGCAUGCUGACAGGAGCAGCAGCAACAGCAGGAGCAGCAGCAGCAGGCAGUACAAAAGGAUGUGGCACUGGUUCUAAAUGUGCCGAGGACGUCGUGGGAAGGGGUAUGGUUGCUGCACAUGCCAGAUGCAGCCGAGACUGCUUGCGAGUUUACAGCAGGAGAUCCUUGCCACGGCGGAGUCGGCGAGAGAGCGGCUGACUCUGCUGCUCUGACGGAGUUGCAGGGGGGGCCAGAUGCCUUCUCAGCCGAACUGCAGCUGAAGCGAGUCAUUAAGGGCCUGCAGUGUAUCGAGAGGGGGGAAUCUUCGGCCUUGCAGCCUCAUCGGUUGUCUUACGCGCCAGAGAGACUGCACCAACUUUUGCUGCUGCUGCAGAGCUCUGAGCACGGGCAGCAGGAAGGAGGUGUCUCUGAAGAGGCGUCGUUUAGGCCUGGAGGCCUCCAGCUGGACUGCCGAGCACUUGUCUCAUUUGUGGGGAUCCUCGGAAGGAAAGCCGACCAUUGGGCUCUCUCGGGAGAUGAAAAGGCGGCACUGGGCAUCGCUCUGAAAGAAGAAGGGAAUGUUCUCUUCAAACACGGCUGGACCGCUGCUGCCUUGUCAUUCUACAAGAAAGGAUUGGACAUUUGCCGGAUGUCUGCUGCGUGUUCCUUGCUACAAAAGCAGCAAAAGCCGCAGCUUCUGCCCCCCUUCGGAGGGUCGUCUGCACUUUCGGCGCAAGGCGCCCCGGGUAGUGCAGCCGAACUGUGUCUUCCUGCAGCGCAGGCCUUGUGCUGCGGCUUGUCGUUGAACGCUGCUUCCUGCUGCCUAAGACUGAAGCAGUUUAGGGAUGCUGCAGCGCAUUGCGACGUCGCGCUCUCUUGUGCAGCGCAAGACGUGAGCAGCAGCAUCAGUUGCAGCAGCUCAGGUGAGGGGUUGCAGGAAGCUGCUUGUGCCGAGCAGCGGCAGCGUGUGCAGCAGAAGUUUGACCGCUUUCUCACGCAGCGGACGGCCUGGCACCGGAAAGCCCUCGCGUUGCAGGGUGUAGGCGAGGCAGAAGGAGCCUUGGAGGCAGCGCGAGCGGCUGCAAAGCUUGCUCCUAAGGAUAGAAACAUUCGGGCGUUGCUACUGGAAUUGCAGCGCGAAUCGCAAAAACAGCAACAAGGGGCUGCCGCUCUGCGGGGCUUCUUGCUUUAG